AGUCACACAACAAUGGAUGUAGGGAAACAAAUUGAUAACUUCUUCAGUUUUUGACUAUGUCUGCUAGAAAUUACGUAUCGUCUAGAGAUAAAAAUUUAUGUAAAAUAAUAGAUUGUUUACCGAAUAUCAAUCAACAGAAGUUCGGUUAUCGCCUAGGGCACGAGUUACCUGCUCUGUCGGGGAACACUAGCACUUUGUAUAAUAGAAAUUUAAAUUACUCUUUUGAAUCUUACGAUUGUGUUGAAAGGGCAGGAACACCCUUUUCCGACUUUUUCUCUGAGAGCGAAACAGGUACUCCUGAUUUGCAUAGUGAAGAGAGUGACAGUAGUUCAGGAUCUGCGUUUCGUAGGAACACGGCAGAAGCCACUAAGACAUUAGCAUCAGAGUGGGAACGGAUUGAAAGAACACUUUACAAUGAAGAUGGUGAAAAGUCAACAAGACCACAGGUCAUUGAGGAAUGCAAGCAAUGGAGACAGUUACAUCCACAGCUCAGAAUUGUUGGCAAAGCAAUACCAUUACCGGAGAAAAGGUUAUGCUAUAGGCAAAUGGAGCAUGAAGAAGUUAUUGCUAUACACUACAGUGACUAUGAGGAGUUCAGUGAAAGUGAGGAGCGUCUCUCUCAAAGUAGCACUGAUGUUACCCCACAAAAUUCACCCAGACCCUCCAUUGCUGAAGACCUAUUUGAACCGAAACUCUCCCGUGAAAAGGUAUCUUUCUUUCCAACAUACUACAAUGAUGAGUAUGAAUUACCCGAUUCAUUUUGUUCACUGUUGCAAAUAACACCAAUACAAAUUAGGAGUCCUUUGCACAGGAAGAAGCAGAAUUCUUCAAUACUGAGAUCAGAAAUAGCAUCAUCUCGAUGGAUGAGGAAUACAAGACCAGAAUCUUCUUUGAACUGUGGUAGAAAUAGUGCUAAGUCAUUUGUUUCACUUGACACAAGAAAUUAUAAUGGAAAUGCAGCACUUAGUGCAUCAGAAGGUAACAAGUUGUAUAACAGAGUAGUUACGGCUAGGCACAGAGAUUUAACAAGGUUGGAGCCAUUAUGUUCUCCUGAUUUGCAGCAGAAUGAUAUAGCUAAAUUAUCUAAUGGUCUGCCCCAGCAGUACAGUAUUAGGAAAGUUUCACUGCCGCCUCUACUUCUCGAGGAGGGGAAGAAGAAAGUGUUGGUACAUUCAGCUAAAAAGCAGAAUGUAAAUGCAAGAAAAAGUGUGUCAAAGUUUUGUCAUCUGGACAGAGUUAAACAUAAUUAAUAAUUUGACAUAUAGAUGUUUGUCACAUUUCGUGUUUGUGAGUACACAUUCCGUUUAAUGAUUGAAUAUGAAAAGUAUCAUUGGUUCUGGUUGGUUCAACUCGGAUGCUAUUCAUAAAUUGAAUACUUAUAUCAUUUGAAUUGUUCUUGUAGGUACGAUUUUUCGUAUAUAAUUCUAGUCUCUUUAUCUAGUCUUUUGUAAAGUGGAAAGAGAAAGAAUAUUUAAGUUGUGAGAGAUUCACUAUUUUGUUAUUUAUAACAUCAAUAAUUUUAGAUUUAAAACUAUACUGCAAAUGGAAUAAAAGAAAUAUAUUUUACCAAUGAAACAGAACGUUUUUUUUACGUUAACUUCGUAGGAGUGGAUCAUUAUUUCAUAAGGACGACAGGGU